GCUCGAGCACGGUCAACCCGCACCGCGUCGCGCACACGCCGAAGAAGCGCAGCCGAACCCUAGCUCCGCCCCCCGCUCCUCCCUCCCCGGCGGCCGCCGUCCCCGCCGUCCUCGCGCCAUGGCCGACUCCCCGCGCCGGAGGUACACAAGGCCCUCAAGGUCCCCUUCUCCUUAUAAGGGACGCCAAAAGCAAAUGUCAAGGUCAAGAUCACCUGUAGCCCAAUCCCAGUCUAGAUCUCCAUCGCCUGAUCCUAGAGCUCAGGCGAGGUCAAGAUCUCGAAGCCCUGCGAGGGAGCGGGAGCCUGAAGCCGUAAAUCAUGGAAAUACUCUGUACAUUACUGGACUUUCUUCUAGGGUGACUGACAAAGAACUUAGAGAGUACUUCAAUAAGGAAGGAAAGGUGGUUUCUUGUCAUGUUGUUCUUGAACCCCACACACGUGUUUCUCGUGGAUUUGCUUUCAUCACCAUGGACACUGUUGAAGAUGCUGAACGCUGCAUCAAGUAUCUCAACCAGUCAGAACUGCAAGGCCGGAACAUCACAGUUGAAAAGUCACGCAGAGGCCGCCCAAGGACGCCUACUCCUGGGAGCUAUCUGGGCCAUCGCUAUGAGCGCAGAGAGAUGCAGCGUGGAGGUAGAUUCCGCAGAGGAGGCUAUGGUCGUGACGACUACUAUGGCAACAGCUACCGCAGGUCUCCGCCUCCCAUGUACCGAGAAUACAGGGACACCCGGGACUACCCUCCCUACAGGGACACCCGCGACUACUCCCCACCCCACAGGGAUGCCCGAGACUACUAUGACGGCAGGGGUGGCCGGGGCUACUCCCCCCACAGGUCUCCCCCUCCUUAUGGUGGCAGGGCAAGGAGGGAGCGGUCUAGGUCGCUGCCCUACUCCCCGUACCGUAUGCCCGAAAGGGGCUAUGGCCGCCGUGCUGGUGGCGGUGGCUAUGACAGGUGAAGGGUUGUUGUUCUCUUUGCGUCAGCAGAGGCCCGAUGUCUAAGUUGGAUGAUAACAUGCUGCGCAUGACGGGCCUCAUGCUAGAUUAUGUGUAAGCUGUACUGUCUUGAAGAAUAUAUUCCUGGAUUUUGCAGUGUUGUACCUCCACCUAGUUUGUGUAACUUGGAUGACAUUAGACAUGUUCGUUUUAUUUGGAUUCAUCUUUUAACUAUUCAAAAUCAUGUUGCUCUGCUUCA